AUGUUCAAAUUGUUGCUGAGGCCGGUUUUACAAAAGCCUAUUCUAAGCCAGAGGUUAGGAUCGACUUUGCUCUCUAGCAACCCUAUACCUAGCAUAGCUCCAUCUUUGACAAGAGCGUUUAAAGUUAGAACCUCGGUCAAGAAAUUCUGUAAUGAUUGUUACAUGGUUAGGCGCAAGGGAAGGUUAUACGUGUACUGUAAAACAAAUGGAAGGCAUAAGCAGCGUCAACCGUAA